AUGAGGUUCCUCAUCCAAAACAUCCGAGGCUGGGGGACGCCGGGACGGCGGACUCAGCUGAAGGACAUCUUCAAGACGGAGCAAGUCGAUAUCAUUGGCUUACAAGAGACCAUUAAACAGGAUUUCUCGGCACAAGAACUACGUUGGCUAAAGCACGGUGGCCAAUUCAACUGGAAUUGGGUGCCGGCGGCGGGGCACUCGGGUGGGCUCCUGCUAGGCUUCAGGGAUGAAUUCUUUGAGGUUGGGUUCUGGAGGAAGGGCUCCUUCUUUCUUAGCGCUGACAUAUUACAGAGGAAUAACAAUCUUAAAUGGCGCUUCAUGCUGGUGUACGGCCCAGCAGAUCACUCGCGGACGUCUGAGUUUCUGGGAGAGCUCGAGACGGAGGUUUCCAACUGCCUACUUCCUAUUGUGGUAGCAGGGGACUUCAACCUGGUCCGUCGAGCAGAGGAUAAGAGUAAUGGGGCGGUCAAUUGGCCACGGGUGCGCCGAUUUAAUGAUGUCCUUGCUAGCUUAUCCCUAAGGGAAAUUUGUCGGGCAGGGGCUCGCUUCACAUGGACGAAUAACCAGGCCUCUCCGAUCAGGUCGGUUCUGGACAGAGUCUUUGUCUCGCCAUCCUGGGAGGUGGUGUUCCCCCUUUCUUCCCUUGCGGCGGUCACAAGGAUCGGUUCCGACCACUGCCCUUUGAUCUUGGACAACGGGGAGAAAGGGACACAGAGGUCGAGUGUGGACCUUUGGCAGCACAUCGCCCGAGGGCUUAGGCAAUUCCUCAAAGGGUGGGGAGCGAAUCUAGGGAGGGAGCGUCGAGUGUUCCGCGAGGACUUGGUCAAACGGAUCCAGGGGUUAGAUGAGAUGGCAGAUGCUAAUGGUUUGGAUGAGGAGGGAUGGGCCCUCCGAUACAGUUUGGAGGAUCAGAUCAUUGUGUUGGACAGCCUCGAGGAGGAAUAUUGGAAACAGAGGAGCGGAGUGCAGUGGACGCUUAAGGGGGACGCGUGCACGGCAUUUUUCCAUGCCUUCGCCAACGGUAGACGCAGGAAGUGCAUGAUUCCCCGCCUGAUCACGGAAACCGUGGAGAUUUCCGUGCAACAGGACUUGGUAGACCACAUCUACGGGUUCUACCAGGGUCUCAUGGGCUCGGUGGGGGAGGAGAAAGUGUUCUCCUUGGGCCCGGACCUUUGGUCGGUGGAGGCGCAGGUCUCUCAAGGGGAGAACGAUGUACUUGCACUCACUUUUACGCCGGAAGAACUGGAUGCGGUGCUUGCCGAGAUGAAGCCGGACUCGGCGCCGGGCCCUGAUGGGCUACCGGUGGUGUUCUUUAAGAAGUUCUGGAAGAUUCUUAAAGGACCCAUUCUCAACAUCCUGAACGAUUUUGCUCUAGGGAGAGUAGACAUUGCACGCCUCAACUAUGGAAUCAUCUCCUUAAUUCCGAAGGUCAGAGGAAGGGACGCGAUUAGACAGUACAGGCCUAUUGCGCUCAUCAACACGGCGAUCAACGUCAACGGUGAGAUUGGCCAAUAUUUCCGCAAUGCUCGGGGGGUGCGGCAGGGGGACCCCCUAUCCCCCAUUCUCUUCGACUUCAUGGUUGAUGCCUUGGCGGCAAUCUUAACCAGGGCCAAGGAGAGCGGCCACAUCCAGGGGGUUGUGCCACACCUGAUUCCAAGGGGAGUCACGCAUCUCCAAUAUGCUGAUGAUACGUUGAUCAUGAUUGAGCCCUCCGACAUCGGGAUCGCAAACCUCAAGCUCCUUCUGCUCUGUUUCGAGAACAUGUCGGGGCUCAAGAUCAACUUCACCAAGAGUGAGGCGCUUGUCACAGGGGUGGACGACGCGGAGCGGCGUAGGAUCGCCGACUUGCUUAACUGCAACCUCGGGAGCCUUCCCAUGUCCUAUCUGGGUCUUCCGGUCUCGGAUAAGACCCUCUCGGUCGCUGACUGGUAUUUCCUGACGGAGAAAGUGGGCCAUAGGGUGGACCCAUGGCAGGGCCUCUUUCUGGCAUCUGCGGGGAGACUGGAGCUGACCAACUCGUGUCUGUCGAGUCUACCGAUGUUCGCUAUGGGGAUCUAUCUUCUCCACGAAGCGACACACGGGGAGAUGAAUAAGUCCAGAGCCCGCUUCUUUUGGGAAGGAGCUGGGAAUAAGAGGAAGUACCACAUGCUCGAUUGGGCGACGGUUUGCAAGCCGCGGGAGCUUGGAGGAUUGGGAAUCCUUAACACAAAAUUGAUGAAUAUUGCGCUGAUGUUGAAGUGGAUUUGGAAACUUUACCAGGGAGCAGAGGGUCUAUGGGCGGACCUGCUCAGAGCCAAAUACCUAAGGGGGAACGAUCUCUUCUCCCCGUUGGUGCCGACUAAGGGCUCCCAGUUUUGGAAUGCAAUACACAAAAUCAAAUGGUAUUUCAAACUGGGCGCGAGGCACAAGGUUGCGAACGGGAGACACACAUAUUUCUGGCUCGACUGGUGGACGGGGAAGGGUCCCUUGAGAGUGUUGUUUCCCCGCCUCUUUGAGUGUUGUGACAACCACUUUGCCACAGUUGCGGGGGUGCAGGAUGCCAAUGGGUGA